GGGUUCUGAUUUCUCGCGAUCAAGGCGGGUUGCAACUGCAAGGCAUAAUCGUUUCGCAAGCUCAACCUCAGCAGAGACAUGCUAAGGCUCGAUUCAUUAUGCUAGUUCCACCGCCCAAUUUUGGUAUGGUCGAGGAGAACCUCUACCGAAGUGGGCAGCCGGACCAGAUUAACUUUCCAUUUCUGGAGAAGCUGUCUCUGAAGAGCGUCAUCUUUCUGGCUCCUGAAGAGCCUGAUCCCGCAUUCGCCGACUUUUGCUUGCAACAGGGCAUCACACUGCAUCAUCUCGGCGUCCUGUACGCAACCAACGCGUGGGACCCGAUCACCGAAGAGGUUGUGCUGCAAGCUUUGAACUUGCUAGUUCAACCUUCAACCUAUCCCGUGGUGGUCAUGUGCAAUUUGGGUCGACAUCGAACGGGGACGGUCAUCGGUUGCCUGCGCAAGUUGCAGAGAUGGAACCUUAGCGCCAUUUUGGAAGAGUACAGGCGUUACGCCGGCCCGAAGGUCAGGGUCAUGAACGAGCAGUUCAUCGAGCUCUUUGAUGAGGAACUGGUCUUUGGUUAGUCGAAGGCCACUCACGUCUCAGAACUGGCCCCACACUGGCCCGCAUUGAGUAUAUGCCUCAUUGAGGUGCCGCGCUACUCACGCGAGAGUCGACAGGCGCAACUAGCGCACAUGCACGACUCGCGUGCUGCGCUAGCAAGGCACUAUGCGAUUGUUCUUUUAAAGCUAAAUUUCCAAAGCAACGCCCAUCAGUCUUGAAUGCCGCCUUACUGCGGGCUGGA